UCUUCAAUUCGAGUUUUCAUUCGGCAGCCAUUAUGCUUUCCUUUAUAUAUAAGGAUCACAAGUAAAAAGCGAAUAGAGAACAAUCGAAUCACAGAUUGGAGUAAACACGUUGACAUUAUAUGUUUUUACCACUGAAGAUAUUUAAUUCAUAAUUAUGGCGUCACGAAUUACUGCGUCUGCCACGGUUCGGGCUGUUAAAGGAAAGAAAACCCUAUCAACUCGUGCUGCUCUUGUUCUUACUCAAAACGCUGUGAUGAGAAUUAAAGAAAUUUUAAGCGACAAAAAAGAAUACAUUGGAUUAAAAGUUGGUGUACGACAGAGAGGUUGCAAUGGAUUGAGUUACACGCUCGAUUAUGCUACCGAAAAGAGUAAACUUGACGAGGAAGUCCUACAAGACGGUGUCCGAGUGAUAAUUGACCGAAAAGCCCAACUCUCGUUGUUAGGCACUGAGAUGGAUUACAUCGAAGGAAAGUUGAGUUCAGAGUUUGUUUUCAACAAUCCAAAUAUCAAAGGAACCUGUGGAUGUGGGGAAAGUUUCUCCGUUUAAUUUCAAUAAGUGUACUACAUUCAGACCCGUGAAGUCAAAUUGUGUCAUCAAAUAUAAUAAAGAAAUCGUAGUUGUUUUGCCGUGUAAAUAAUAAAAUGAUACCUUCAUGCCGGCCAUUUGGAUGUACAUAGAGAAAUCGUUAUAUAUAGAGAUUAUUCCGGAACACGAGAUCUGUGAACUAGGUUCACAUGUAACAGACGGUCAGACAAAUAUAUGAUGUCAUUGAAGUA